UUCUAAUUAACCCAUUAAAAGUCAGCUUUCUUAACUAUUUAUUCUACCAAUUUCGCAGCUACAAAUUUCCAAAUUGACCCCAGCUUCUUCAAAUUUCACCACCACCUUCUGCAAAUCCAGUACCAUCAUGGCCGAAAAGGGUAGUAAUACGUCAACGAGCAACAGUACAGAAGGUGGAAAGUCAAUGAAUCAUGAUGGGGAAUUGAACGAUGAAGCUCAGGAUAGCGAAAGACCCGUUGAUAAGGAACUUCAGGCCGAUCUUGACAGAAGAAAUGGUAAGGAGGUUGGAGGUGUGUCUCAAGAAGAUCUAACUGCUGAGUCAUCUCAGGAGGUUAAGAAUGAGAAGAGCGAGAAUCACUGCUCAUCCACAGAUCACGAUCCUAUGCUGGAUCCAAGCUCCACCCUCCAGGCUGUUCAAGAAGCACUUGAGAGAGAACUUUGGAGUUUCAGAGAAAUUAGCAACGUAGAUUUUAUCAAUGACCCACCACUUCAGGAUGUUGGGAUACCUUCAGAGUUCACUUCAGGUGGUGGAGAUUUCCCAGGACCGAGCACAUCUGAGCCGUCACAAUCCAGGAAUGGCAUGCAACAUUCUUUUGACUUGGAUACUGAAGUGGCUAGCUUAAAGCAGAAUGUGACACUGCUGCAAAAUAACUUGUAUGAAGCAGCUAAGCUGGUUAAGUUUAAGGAAGCCAGGGUUACCGAACUGCAAUCCAUCUUAAGUAAUUGCUCAGAGAAGGAAGAAAAGAGUGUUGGAAUUGAGUUGCAUGAGAGAACUAGAGAUAUUGAAAUUGAGCUUGAGGAUCUCUUCAGACAGAAAAUUGAAGCUGAAGUUAAAUAUUUGACUAUAUCAAGAACAGUCGAAAAGUUGAGAACUGCAGCAGUUGAACAAGUUAAGCUUUUGGAAGAACAAAAAACAUUAGCUUCAGAACAAGCGCAGAUUGUGAAAAAUCUUGGAGAUGCAGAAUCAAAGGCUGCAACGCUUAAAACACAGGCUAAGAAGUUGGAAAAUUGCUGUGAAGAUAUCAUGAGCACAGAUGAAAUGCUAAAGCUGCAGAAGAGAGUCUGGAAGUACAGCGCCUGUUUUUUAAUACAGUUGGUAUUGCUGGUAGUCCUUGGGCUGUUUCUCUUGCAGAUUUCACCUGAUGAUGCUGAAGUUGUACCUACGUAACUUUGAGAAGUGAGCUUUUGCUUCCAAUUUUUGUUACUGUUACCAUCAUUGAGCAAUAGUAGUUCCUUUUAGACGUUUGUAGAUAGAUGGAACACCUGGUUUUUUGUUUUCGCUAGUGGCUAUUGAAUUUAUUUUAGCAGCAAACAUAGAAGAUGAUUAGGUUGCUCGUGCGUUGAGAUGCUGGCGGUGUUGAUAUUUGAUCAUCGGGUAAUUGUGGAGGUACCCUAGGUUGUAAGGCUCCUAAAAGUUUCUUAAUUUGGGGUGUUUGGUUUUUCAUCAUUUUCUAGUGUUUACUUAUCAGAAAAUGUCGUUUCAUUUUC